AUGCCCCCGCCGGAUGCACAGGCGGCCGACGCCGAUGCCGGGGCGCCAGAUGGCGACGAGGCGACCGGGCCAGAUCCACCAGCCAAGCGUGCCAAGCCGUCCCAGGAUAAGCGCACUGGCAGAGGGGCGCGCCAGGCGUCGGGGCCCGCAGCGGCCACUUGCAGCAAGGCUCAGGCUGCGGCUCGCCCGCUAGUCGCUAGGGAUCGCAGACAGAGCGCGGCCCAGCAGGCGAGCGCGGGCGGCGGCGACGACCAGAGCGGCGACGGGGUCAGACCGCCCCCAGCGGGCGAGGAUGAGACGCCAGCCCGACCCGGCGGCGUUGAGGAGCGCGCCGCGGCGUUUGUAGAACGCAAGGCCGCCUAUCGCAUCGAGUGCGAUGCCGCAGUCGACAGCCUGGUCAAUAGGGCCAUCAAGGUCGCGACGUCCUGGGGCGAGAAGGCGAUGGCGAAGUUGGCGCUUCUGCCCCAGGAGCAGGUCUCCUUCUCGAAGUUGAUGGCGGCCAGGUCCGGGGCGCCGCCGCCCUUGAGUCGUCUGACUGCGAGACCGUUGGGUGGCUGCCUGCAGGCCACGAUCAAGCAUGCCUUGACAGAGGUCAUCGGGUCGGGCGCGAUGGACCUGGAAGACCCGAAUUCCGAGGGGGGGGCCGCCCUUGGGAGCGCGGGGAAGGGCGCCGACGUCGAUGGGAAGUCCUCCCACCAAGGCGCCGAGCACCCCACGUCGCCACCCGCCGCUAGGGCGCGCUCGCCAUUGACGCCCAGGCGACGGGACAUUGAUGCCCCGAGGAGCGAGGGCGGGCUAGAUGAGAGCCGCCCACUCGGCCAGUUCGACAGGUGGUUGGGGGAAACGGGCUCGCAGUUCGGGAUGGAGCCGAGCAGGUUCGACGUCGACGCGAGCGGCUCCAUGGCAGCGCCCGCGUUCAAGCCGGAGGGCGAUGCAGUUCAGGGCGCGUCGACAUUGGACAGCAUCUUGUCUGGCAACCUCGGCGGCUCCCUCGCGAUGACUGCGCCGUUGGACUGGAGCGCGAUGGGGAUCGGCGACGACAGUCGGAGCGGCGACGGCGUGCAGGCGGCGACGCCGAGGAGGGAGCUCGGCCCAUGCCCGAGUUCGCCCUGGAGAGUGCCUAUGGCUGUAUCUUCGAAGCCGACCACGCGGAUGCAGCAGCAGAUUGCCUUGUGGCACGACUCCCUCGAUUCUUCCGCAGAGGUCAAAUUCGUUCACGGUCUGAGGCGCUCGGAGUCGAUCUUGCCAGAGAAGACGAUCGCCAAAUGGUCGUUAUUCGCAGGGACUGGCCUCUCGACAAAGAUCAUGAAGGCGUUCGGUGUAGUCUGGGCCAACCGCAACAGCGUCAACCUGUGCAUCGACGACUCCCUGCACUGCGAGAUCGAGAAGGACAAGCAGGCAUUCUUGACCAGACAGUUCAACCCGAAGCUCAUCGUUGCAGACACCAACUCGUUGAGUGAACACUCGGCCCCGAAUGUGGUCAAGGACGGUGCCCCCCCAGAGGUGUUGCCUUUCUGCGGGCUGCUCGACGGCGGGAUUCCUUGCGUUUCCCGCGCGCCGAUGAGCAUCGACAGCUCGGCGAACCAGAACUGUGUCCAGGAAAAGCGGGGAGCCACCGGCAUUGGCUUCGAUGAUGUGAAGAACGCGGCUAAGGCGCAUUUCCCGUCCAUGAUCCUCCUGGAGUGCGCGACCCAGUUGGCCCAGAAGGCCGAUGCCAACGCGCUGUCGGGCGCCGAGUACAUAUGCCAGGAGCUGCGCGCCAUGGGCGACUGGUCGCUCUUCCACGCGACGCAGGCUACGGACUGGGGCAGCCCAAUUCAGAGAGAGAGGCUAUACUGGGCAGCGCUGUCGAAUAUCACCGGCAAGCCUGCCGAUGUGGAGCACUACUUCAUGGCCAUCUUGGGGUCCUUCAAGCCCGGGGCCAAGACAACCCUGGACGAGUGCUUCACGUGGUGCGACGAGAGCCGCUCGCUCGAGGCGGAUAUGGUGAAUAUCCCGUCGUACCAGGCGUGUCCGCUGCGGUCUUCCAAGUGUGGCAAGGCGAGCCCCGACUGGAAGGUGGAUCACAAGAAGCUGUUCGAGGCGAACAACUUGACGUGGCCGCUCCAGCAGAACGACACGCAUCACAGUUCCUCGUGCAACGCCGAGCUCGUGAACGGAGGUAUGUAUCCUCGAGAAGCAGAGGUGGCUUUCUUUGCGCACGUGCUGUUUCCGCCACGUUCCGACGAUAAGCGCUCUUUCAUGGACAUCAACCCAAUCUCCACCAGGAUCUUCGGACAGUAUGUAAAUGAGGAGACGCUGAAGCCGGAGGAAACCACCGAUGGCAAUGACACGGGCACCAACAAUGGCCCGUGGCGCCCAUCGCCCCCAACCUUGACGGGAAGCAUGGCGCUCCUCGUUCGUUUCACGCAGAAUGGCAAGAGCACGAUUCGGCUUGCGGAGGUGUUUGAACUCAUGCGUCUCGUCGGGUGGCCCGAUUCCGAGUGGGCCGUCAGCGACGAGGUCAUGGUGGAGGGCCAGAUAGAUACCAUCUCGAAUAUGUGUGGGAAUGCGUUCUCGUUCUGGCAUUAUGGGCCAUGGUGGGCCGCCAUGGUGAGCACAUGCGGCAUGUACGCCGCGGCCUACGACGACGAUGCGGAGAUGGAGGAUGCAAGAGAUGCUGCGGACUUCGAUGACGAUGGCCUCCUUGGCCAGGGUGCAGGCCCUCCAGUCAGCGUUGGCUCAUGCAGCAGCGGCAGUGAUAAGCCCGACCAGCCCUCGCACUUUUCUGGGCCCGCCCUCAGCGUUCAGCUCGCGUAG